ACGGCGGAAGCCGAGAGGUAUUCAAUUACUAUGGGUGGACUCGAAUUCCGCUCGGUCCUCCCAUUCCCUGUAGCUUCAUGCCAGCGCCGUCUACGUCGGCUGGGGAUUCUUCCUGACCAUUUCCUCUCCCUGGCUUCUCACCUGCAAUAUCUAAGUCGUCAGUAUUCAUAUGCCAAACCUAUCUGCGAUACACUUCCUUGGGCGUGUAAUUGUUGCGGCGGCGUUCAACUCAGUACUAUUCGGUGUUAUCACGGUGCAGACCGCAACGUACGUGCGGCGGUUCAAACAUGAUUCAUGGGCUUACCGAUUUCUGGUCGGAAUUAGUUUCCUUAUAACUUUUUUUCAAGGGACACCAUUUGGCUGGUUAGUUUCGAGACAUUUCUGUAUUCGAUGUCAGUGCUCGAAUAGCGCGCUCGCUUCCCGCAGGGGUUUUUUUGCACCUGUUUUAAGCGUUGCCUUCAUACCAGUCCUAUUACAUUCGUAUUUCGUUCGUCUCAUCCAUCUCGUUGGACAAAAACGCGUCCUGACCAUCUUCAUCUUCAUUCCUGUAAUUGCCGAAUUCGGUUUUGGCGUAAAAUUAGUCCAAAAUCUAUUUCGAAGGCCACCAGAUGUCCUUGGACAACUGGGCACCGGAGUGCGACCAUAUUGGGAGUUGGCGCCAGAAGAUGGAUCUUUGGUGUCUCUGGCCUCUGGGGCUGCUUUUACUGGGAUCAUUACGUCUCUAACAUCCUGUGCUCCACUCGCUAGUAGUAUCACCGAUCGCUUGGACUUGCUCAAUACCAUCGGGAAUAUGAUCGGUUCCAUUUAUGCUGUCGCAUUAAUUAUCAAUGUGCACCUGCGUUCUCGACUCCGUGCAACCUCUGAUGCCGCCGUGGUAUGCCCCAGAAACCUGAAGUCUAUUUCCGUGAUGGUGACGAGGGAAGUAGCCCAAGAAUUACGAUCUGAAGGGAAGCAUGAACGAACUUUGCGGAUUCGAAUGACCCAGCUUGAUCCGGAGUACCCAGCGACUGACUCGCUCGUAUAUUACCGAGACAACCCGGCAUUCGAAGCUUAAUGCUGUUAUUGGACCAUCUGUACAUGAUAGUCUAAUUAAAAUUUCACAAUAGGUACCCUGCAUGUCGACCACGCCCUACGCCCCUAAACUCGCUGAUCGGACGCUUACGGACCUCAACUCGAAACAUCGAUGUCUGU